UAUAUUAAUAUUAAAAAUUAAUCAAUAUAUGUAUUUGUUAAUUAUUGUGAAUUCAGAAUAAACGCACCAUGAGGUCGCAAAAUCCUUGUCGUUUACGGCUACGCCUCGCAGUCAAAGGAGUAUUACUGUUAUGCAUUUUAAUUGCAAGCGGAACUAAUGCAGAAUCAAGCUGCAAGCGUGGUUGCCCAGAAUCGGAUAAUGGUUACUUAUCAUAUACGCCCGGCCAUGUUUACGAGUAUAACUUCGACAGUAUUAUGACUGUUGGCCUAAAUAAUGGUGCUGGAAAUUCCGAUGACACCAGUCUCAAAGUAACUGGUAAUGCGAAAUUAUUUGCUGAAGGCAAUUGCGGUUACACUUUGCAGUUGGGAGCCGUGAAAGUCACAGCCACUAAAGAAAAUGUGGAAAAGAAGAUUAUGCAAAGCAUACAAAAGCCCGUACAUUUCACGAUGGUUGGUGGCAAAGUAGAGCCCGAGUUAUGUGCCGAUCAAGGAGACAAUGCAUAUGCUUUGAACAUUAAACGUGCAGUCAUCUCAAUGUUGCAGUCAAAACCUGAUGCUGUGCAAGAAGUAGAUGUUUUCGGUCAGUGUCCCACUCACACCACUGUAUCGAAAAUCGGAAAUGCUGAAAUUGUAAACAAGGUACGAAAUUUGAAUGCAUGUGGUUAUCGUAAGAUAAUUAACAGCGGCAUUUUGACAAAUGCCCUACAAACCAAUCCGGGCUUGGAGAGCACCUCCGUACUUAUGGCUGACUACACCAAAGAAUCGAAGAUUGAGAAGGGCGUUGUAAACAAUGUUCAACUCGUCGAAGAAUAUAAAUAUGCUGCUGUUCCCAAAUCCGAUAUUGGAGUGUGCGCCAAAGUUGUGACCAAUUUGAAAUUGAGAAAUCCAGCUGGUACUCCUGCCGCUGCUCCAGCAACUGGUGCACGCGCAGUGUCCAUAAUGUUCCAACAACCAGAAACUUAUUCAUCGAAGAAUAUUGCUGCUCUCAAGAGUAGCUUAACCGAGUUGGUGCAGUUGUUAGAUGGAUAUGUGAAGAAGGAUAGUGCGAAGAGCUUUGUGGAACUGAUUCGUUUAAUGCGUAAUUCCGAUACCGAAACCUUGUUGGAAUUGGCAGCUUUUCCACUGCCCAACAAAGUGUUGGCUCGUCAUGUCUACUUGGAUGCUUUAUUCCGUACAGCUACAUCAGAGUCCGCUCGUGCUAUUCUCAAGCAAUUUAACAAAAUGAAUGAAAAAGAGAAAAUCAUCGCUAUGAUGUCUUUGAAUCUAGUUCAAACUGUUGAUAAGGAUACUCUAAAUCAAGCAUCGACUUUGUUGAAUCCAAAUGCCAUUAAAGAAGUCUACCUGGCUGUCGGUAGCUUAGUUUCAAAAUACUGCGAACGUCAUGGUUGCAAUAAUGGAGAAGUUGAUGCUAUUUCCAAGAAAUUCACCGAAUCUCUGAAGCACUGCAAAGCAAAUACCAAAAAGGAUGAAGAACGUGUUCUGUACAUAUUGAAAGGCAUUGGAAACACCCAUCAUUUGGCUAGUGGCGUUGCUUCCUCAUUAACUGAGUGUGUUGCACAAGGCCGCGCCAACCGCAUGCGCGUUGCUGCUUUGCAAGCCUUUUCGGCAGCCAGCUGUGAUGCAAAUUUGCAAAAGAAAGCAUUAGAACUUUUAGCCGAUCGCAAUGAAGAUUCCGAGUUACGCAUUGAAGCUUUCUUGGCUGCCAUUGAAUGUCCAUCGGGAGAGUUGGCAAAUGAAAUUGCUGAAAUUGUAAACAGUGAAACAGUAAACCAAGUCGGUGGCUUUAUAACAUCAAGCCUUAGAGCCAUUCGUGACUCCACUGAUAAAGAUAAAGAAAUGCAACGUCGUUAUUUAGGCAACAUCCGUGUUACCAAAAAGUUCCCCAAGGAUAUCCGCAGAUACAGCUACAACGAUGAAGUGUCCUAUAAGAUGGAGGCAUUGGGCUUGAGUGCUAGUGCUGAUUAUAAGCUGAUAUAUUCCCAAAGUGGUUUCUUGCCACGUUCGGCACGUCUAAAUGUUAAGGCCGAAGAAUUUGGCAUACACAUGAAUAUUUUGGAUGCCAGCGUUCGUCAAGAGAAUUUAGAAAAUGUGUUAGAAUACUUCUUGGGUCCAAAGGGGCUUGUAAACAAGGACUUGGGCGAUAUCUUAGGCAAAGCAGGUGAAUCCGAGGGCCACCGUUCUCGUCGUUCCAUCGCUGACGAUACUUCCAAAGUAGCCAAGAAAUACAAGACAUAUGGAGCUAAGAAUGUAAACGACUUAAACUUAGAUCUUUCACUUAAAGUAUUUGGUUCUGAGAUUUUGUUCCUCAGUUUGGGAGAUAACAUACCUAGCACUUUUGAUGAAAUCACAAGGGAGUUCACUGAAGCUUUCGAAAAAGUUAAAAAAGAACUAAGCAACUAUAACAAGGAAUUCACAUCUCACAACUUCUUUAUGGAUACUGAAAUUGUAUACCCAACAGGUGUUGGUAUACCUUUGGAGUUGACGUCUGAUGGAUUUAUGGCCAACAAAAUGGACUUUGGCGUUAGCGUUGAUGUUGAGAGCCUUUUGCAGUCCAACUGGGAAAAUUCAAAAUACCACUUCAAAUUUGUUCCCAGUAUUGAUGCCAAUGUGAAUCUUAAAAUUGGAUUUAACGCACUUGUUCUAUCCUCUGGUUUACGCAGCGUUUUCACUAUGCACACUGCAACUGGCAGCUCAAUAGAUGUUGCUAUUACCCAUGAAGGUUCAGGAUUUGAUAUGAAUGUGGAAUUACCUCGUGAAAAAAUUGAACUUAUCGAUAUGAAGAUGCAAAAUGAUUUCUAUAUUGCCGAACAAGAUAAGCCAGUCAAAUCGAUACCCUUGAAAGGUUCAAAACCCAAAGACAAUACUGAAAGUUGUUACAACCAAUUUGAAAGUUUAGGCUUCUCACCAUGUGUUGUUGGUAUUAUUCGUGAUACCCAACAAGAAGGUGACUUAUUGGAAGACUUCGAUAUUUCUGUAUACGUAAAGACAGAACGUAAUUUUAACUUGAAAGGAUAUCACAAUGGUCAACAAGCUGGUGUUCACCAAUGGAAAUUAGAUUACAGUACACCUGGCUCUAAGGAAUCACAUGAUACAUCAUUGACAGUUGAAUUGGGAACAAAACCACGUGCUUAUGGCCGCGCUUCAUUGGACAAUGCCCGCUAUCACUUUGCCGUCGAAGCCGGUUUAAACAAUGACGACAAGGAACUAGUCUGGUAUGCUCAGUACGAACAAGACAAGGAUGUUAAGAAAAGCAAAGUUGGUUUUGUGAAGAAUGGUAACGAAUACAGACCCGUAAUUGAAAUUGAAGAUGCCAAUGGUGGAGUAAGCAACGAAAUUAAUGGCUACCGUGUCGAUGGACGUGUAUUAGUUCAAAAAUCUGGAGAUCAAAGCAGAUUGAACUUUGAAAAUCUUCAAGUAUCUAACAAAGAGGACCGUGUCAUACUUAAUGGUUUUGCCGAUUUGGGACCAGCUUCAAUGUCUACCGAAUUGCAUUUGACAUCAAACGAAGACACUACCUUCAUCAAGAGUAACUUCAAAGUUGCUGCUGGCGAAUAUGCUGCAGGUCUUUUCGUAAACGACGAAAAGCAACCCGAAAAUAUCUAUGGUGCAUCUGCUAAUGUUCAAGUUGGAGAGCAAUUGGUUAAUGUGGAGGUCGUAAGCAAGUUUGCCAAAUGGGAGGCCAGUUCGGCCAAUGAAGUUCAGUAUAUUAAACAAGAGGGUCCCAAUCCCAUUGCUUCCAGCAAAUUCACAUCAUCAGUAAUUGUUAAGCAUAAACAACAGAAUGUGGGAUCUUUGAAGGUACAUGGUCUAACCGAGGGUCAAAACAAAUUUGAAGUUAAUGUAGAUGCAACCAGCGGUAAAAAAGUUUCUGCUGUGGCAGUUAAAUAUGCCGCCAACCAAAAUGCCCAAAAUGAUUACCAAUUAUCGGUUAAUGCUAAACUUAACCAACAUUUUGUAGAUAUUGUUUCCAAGUGUGAUAUUGUCGGUAAUCACUUUGUUUUGGAUAAUGUUCUCACCACCAGCUGGGGCACGGGUUUGACAUUGAAGGGAGAAUUAGGACAGCGUUAUACUCCACAAGAUAUUUACAUGAACUUACAAGGUACUGCUCAAGUCAACGGCAAAGACAAACCAACCCAGUGGAUUUUGAAAGUAAUUGGAACACCUGAAAAAACAAACUCUGAAUUCAAAGUUUCGCGUGAUAAUGCUGAAAUUAUAAAAGUAAUGGCUGACACUCAACAUCCUCAAGAUAAAGUCACUUCGGGUAAAGUGAAUAUGAUAGUUAAGAACGUUGUAACCGCGAAAGGUGACUUCAAAUUGGCUAAAAAUGGCAAGGGUGAAAUAUCAGCUGUAGUCGAAACUCUUAAAACAGAACCUAAGCACAAAAUUGAGUUAUCUUCCAAGUUCCACGUGCAACAUCCUAAAUAUGAUGUGGAAGCAAAUGUCAUCUUAGAUGGUCAACAGAAGCUAUAUGUCAAAACCGAAAAUAUUGUCGACAAAAUCAAGUUUAAUACGAAGAAUGUGAUAGAUGUAUCCGAGAAAAAGUUUUCGUUUGAUGCGAAUGGUUUGAUUAAGGGCGACUGGCGCUUGAAUGGUGAGAUACAAGGUUCUUUCACAGCAACCUGCCCCGAAGGUCGUAUGCUUUCCGGUUCUCUUAAGCGUAAGAUGAAUACAAAUGGCAAAACUGGCAUUGCACAAGGUCAUAUGGAUGUACAAUUAAUCGAUCAGUUACCGAAUGGAGGCAACAAGCGAUCACUUGCUCUUUCUGGUAAAUUAGAGAAGUUCAAUGUUAAAUCCAAAGAAUUUGCUGCCGCAUCCCAAUUGAUUUAUACAAACUUUGAAAGUCAAACCUUAGAUGUCAAUUGGCAUAUCAACAAAUUACCUAAAGGCCAAAAUAAAAUGAUUGAUUUUGGAACCACCAUCAAGGGUCCAUUGGUAAAAUCUCCCAUUGAAGUUUCGUUUGUCGUCGAUGAAUAUUCCGUUCGUCAUGCCGUUUUCAAUAUAAUUGGCAAAUACGGGGAUGCCGUCAAUAGUAAAAUAAACGGAAACUACGAUUUGGGUGAACGAGGUACUGCUGCCAAAUAUGAAUUGCACUCCAACAUUGAAUUGCCACAAACGUCCUUCAAGACUUUUGCAUUGAAUACUAAAGUCCAGUUUAUGGAGCCACAAACUGAAGGAGGAAAUUACAUUUUCGAAUUGGUUGUUGAUGAGACUGCCGGUAACGAACAAUUUGUUAAGUUAAAUGCCAACGUAAAGAGUUCCGAAAGAAAUGGAGCUUACGUCUUCCAUUUGAACACAAACAAGAUGCAGGCACCUUUGGAAAUUGAUGGAUCAUACCAACGUGAACACCAAGGCUCAUUUAAAGAAGAAAAUGCAAGUGGUUCUGUCAAAUAUGACUUCAACUACAAACACGCUGAUAAAUUUGUAAAAUCAUCAAAUGAUUUGACUUAUAAUGGCAAAGAAUCAGUCGUUAAUCGCUUCACGGUAACUAGCAGCUUUGAAGGAGCUAGAAAUCUUGAAGUAGAGGUUAAAGGCAAAUUACUAGACAACGAUUCCUAUAGCAUGAACGUGAUCGGAAAGCAUAAUGAACAUUCGUACAGUUUAGAUACUGUUUUGUACCGUGGAAGCCACACUAAGGGGGUAAAAAUCUCUGCAUCCUUGCCCAAUGGCGAACCUAUCAGUAUAGUUGCCAUAUUCGAUGUUAUGGGCCGUCAUAAGGCUAAGGUAACUACGGAAUUAUCUAACGUUUUUGAUUUAGACUUCAAGUUCACUGGUGAAGCCUCCUACAAUGCCGUUGAUGACUUCUAUGUUGUUGCCCAAUGGAAUUCCGCAAAACUUAAAUUGGACAACUAUGAUCUGGAUGUUCGUACUCAGGGUAAAUCUUUGUCAUUGAUGUUGAAGAACGCUCAAGGUGAAAUAUUUGUUGGAACCGCUACAUGUGCUCUCAAGAAGGAAAACAACAAAAACAUACUUGAAGGCCAAGGCCAAAUUAAAUUCAAGGGUGUUACUCAAAAUACUAACUUCCGUUUAACAAGACAAGUUUAUGAAAUGGCCACCGAUAAAGAAAUCGGUUUCUCCUACAACUUUAAUGGAAAUUUCGGACCUAAAAACGGAGUUUCCACCCUUAAAAUAACCAACAAGGACUUCAACAUUAAACUUUCGGUGUGUGAGGAAAAGAAACAAUGCACCAAUGUUCAAGUUUUGGCUUCCAAUGAUUUAACACAAGAAGAAUCAUCCAUUCAUUCAUUAUUAGUCUUGUUCGAUUUGCGUGAAAUUGGUUUCCCCUAUGAAUUUGAACUUCAAUCAAAGAAUGUCCGUGAAGGCUUUAAAUUCCAAUACAUGUUGGACUCAAGCAUCAAUUCGAACAAUAAUUUGAAAUAUAACUUAUUGGCAAAUAUCCAACCCACUAAUGCUAAAGUGCAAAUGAAACUUCCUUCACGUGAAAUUUUAUUGGAGGCUCACCAGAAAUAUCCCGAAAAUGGUCAGAUAUUUGGUCACUAUGAAAACUCUUUAGCCUUCUUUAUCGACAAAACAAACAAGCCACAUGACGUUACCAGAUUCAUAGCUCAAGCUGACCUCACUGGCAAAGAACGCAUUGCAAUUAAUGCAAAGGGUCUUUUGAAAUUGGAACAUCCUACUAUUCGCCCUCUGUCUGUAUCAGGAAAAUUAGAUGCUAAUCGUGAACAUCACACCGUAAACGGCGAAGUUGUAUUUGAUAUCUUCAAAUUGCCCGAACAGCAAAUUGUAGCCACCAGUCAUUUGCAGAACAUUAAGUCGAACAACGGUUUUAAUGUAACGUCUACCCAAAUUGUACGUUCGUCUGGCCUAGGAUUUGAAUAUACCCUUAACAGCCACGCUGGCCUAAACACUGAACAAUCCGAAUUCAGUUCCGGUGCUGACAUUAGCCUUGGUGGUUCAGACUUGAAGGCUUCUGCCUUUGUUUUUGGCAACAAAGAACAUGCUGAACUUUUGGUAUACUCUCUCAACGAAGAAGUGGUCAAACUUGUUGCCGACUAUAACAAGCAAAAGAAACAGACCAAAUUCAAUGCUAAGCUCCAGGCAUUAGGUAAAAAACCAGUUGAAAUUAAUGCGGAACUCCAACCCACUAUGGCCAAGAUUAAUGUGGUUCGUGAAGGAUUACUAAAUGCUCAAGGUGAAGUUAAAUUGGGCAAAGAGUUGAAAUUCCAAGUGGAAGGCGCCAGUAAAGAAUUGAUAAGUGGUCGCAUUGGCUUAGAUUCAGCCAAUUUCUUGCGCACCUCAUACAGUGCCAAUGAAGAAAAUGUUAAGGAAUUCAUGAAUGUUCUCGAAAAUGAAAUGAAACACGAAUCUGAAGUGUCGACUGAGCUGAAAAAACGUUUCGAAAAACUUAAGGAAAUAGUGGAUCGUCAAGUACAAUUAUCAAAGGACAGCGCUCCAGAUUUCAGCCAAUUGAAGAACAGCUAUCAAAAUAAUCUUAAUGAAAUCGUUAAAGAAUUUGAGGUCGAUCCUGCAAUGAAACAAAUUUCCGAGACCCUACAAAAUCUCUACACUAAAGUUGCUAAACUAGCUACUGAACUAACAAAGUUGUGGACUGAAGCUUAUGAGAAAUUACACAAAUCUUUUGUGGCACUUCACGAGAAGUUCCAAGUUGUAAUUAAAGAAACUCUUAUGCCUGUCUGGGAAGAAUUUUUGAAUAAUACUAGCAACAUUUUGCGUGAACUUCGCCUGGAAUUGGUUAAUUUGUAUUCCAAAUCCUUUAAAUCGGUAUUGGAUGUGUUCAAGCAAUAUGAACCAGCUUUGAAGAAUUACGGCAAAGCUAUUGCCGAAGGAUUGAAACCAUUUAAUGAAGCUGUUCAUGAAUUGUACAAGGCUUUGGCGACAGCUUUUGAGGAUUUAGUAAAUGAAAUUUAUUAUGCUAAAUUCCCCUCAUUUGAAGCAAUUCAAAGUGAGAUUAAGGAGAAAUUGCUAAGCUUACAAUUAGGCGAGAAGUCAUUGGAAUUCAUUAACAUCGUAUACGAACAGUUGCACGUUUUACCACUUACCGGGGAAACCAGUGAAUUCUUGCAAAAGGUUCACGAAUAUGCAGUAGCCAAACUUAAACAUCAACAAGUUGACGAUGAAAAGGUGGUCGAAGAACUCGUGAAAUUAUUUGUCAAAGCUGUGCGUUCAAUAUGGGCAAGUCUAGAGGUGGCCGCUCCUACUGGUGCUAGUAUUACCAGCUUCUCGUUAAGUGACUUGUUCACGUCAUCCGCAGUACCAACAGAUUUGUUUAGCCGAUUGCCAGCAUUAUUAACAUUCCGUUUCAGUGUUGUGAAUUUCCUUAUUAAUGAAGACUGGGAGAAUUGGUUCACGAAGGAUGACUUUAUCUUCAAAGAUUUCGAUCUUAAAGGUCAUGUUGCUGAUGGUGGCCAUGUCUUCACAUUUGAUGGUCAACACUUCCACUUCACUGGCAACUGUAAAUACAUUUUAGCCCAAGAUUCUGUCGACAACAAUUUCACCGUUAUUGCUCAGGUAAACAAUGGCAAGUUGAAAUCUAUUUACCUAACCGAUCGCGAAGGUCAAUUUAUGGAAAUUAACGACGGCGGUGUUUUGAAAUUGAAUGGCAAAGCUGUCGAAUAUCCCCAACAUGAGAAUGGAAUGCAUGCUUGGCGUUUAUACUAUACCGUUUACAUGGUCUCCGAAUAUGGUGUGCAUAUCAUGUGUACCAACGAUCUUAAGGUUUGCCAUGUGGACGUAAAUGGUUUCUACACUAGCAAAAUGCGUGGUAUUUUGGGCAAUGGCAAUGCUGAGCCUUAUGACGACUUUUUACAAAUUGAUGGCAGUAUUGCGGGCGACGCAGCUACAUUCGUAAGCGGAUAUGGUAUUGCCAAAUGUAAUCCAGCCACUGUAGAUACCCACUCUGAAGAUGCUAAUAUCCAACGUACUGAAAUUUGUAAUGAACUUUUCGGCUAUGAAUCAUCUCUAGCUGUUGGCUACCUUUUCAUUGACUCUAAACCAUACCGCAAUGCUUGUGAUCAAUCUGUAUUGUCUGCUGCUGAAAAGGAUAAGGAAACAGCUGCUUGCUCCAUAGCAACUGCUUAUGCUUCGGCAUUAAAGUUAGAGGAUAUUUUCGUAUUCUUACCAAAACGUUGCCUUAAAUGUUCAGGUCAAGCUGGACAACGUGAGCUUGGAGAAGAAUUCACCCUUAAAGUACCCACUAACAAAGCCGAUCUUGUCUUUGUGGUUGAUGUCGAUGUCACCCCUACCGUCAUGCGUAAUCUGGUCGCUCCAGUUGUAACCGAGGUACGUGAAACCCUAAAGAGUCGUGGAUUUACGGAUGUCCAAAUAGGCGUUGUAGCCUAUAGUGCCAACCAACGUUACCCAGCUGUUUUAACCAGCGACAACGGCAAACUUAACUACCAAGGCAAUCUUGCCGAUGUCAAACUUAAUGGACCUAAACCCGUCUUCGAGUCCAGCAUUUCCCAAAUGAUUACCGAAAAGAAGGUUCUCGACGUAUUCGACCUACUGGAGGGUAUUGUCAAGAGCCUGGUUCCACAAUCUGACGAACUGGCAUUCCGUAUGGCAUUGAACUAUCCAUUCCGUGCCGGAGCUGCCAAGAGCAUUAUUGCUGUGCGCAGUAAUAAUUUAGAAUACGAUAAUAUGAUGAAAUUUGUACGAGCUCAUUUGAUUGGAGCCGUAACUCAAUUUGACGCAGCUUUGUUGCAUGUAAUUGCCCCAGUUAAGGAUAUGUCACUAGAAGGUGUUCCCACUGAAAAACUGAUCGGCUUCAAUUCCCGUUUGAUAGCCACUCUUGAUGGUAAAGAUGCCAAGAAACGUUCGAAAUUGCAGUUCCAUAACGAUAUGGGUAUUGAUUUCGUCUUGAACAAUGGCGGUUGGGUAUUCGCCACUCAAAACUUUGAGCAACUGAAACCUCAGGAACAAAAGAAAGCUCUCAACCAGAUCACCUCUUCCCUGGCUGAUACACUUUUCAAAACCGAAAUUGUUACAGACUGCCGUUGCAUGCCCGUUCACGGCAUUCAUGCCCAACACAAAUGUGUCAUUAAAUCUUCAAACUUUGUGCCAAAUAAAAAAGUGAAGGCUUAAACUGACUCAAGAAACGACUCAACUAAACUCAAACUCAAUUCAAAGCAAUUUAUUUAUUAAAUUGAUUUUUUAUAUCGAAUGAAUGACAAACAUAGUUUUGUAAAUAAACAUAUUUUUAUAAAUUA